AGCGGCUCGACGCCCUCGCGGUCACUACGCGUCAAUUUGGCAGUGCUUACUCGCAUACGUGCCUCAACUUUACGCGAAGCAUCUCUCGACGAGAGCUUUGGCCCUCGCGACGCCUUGCGCAGCCGUGAAUCGACACAUCGCCGUACGAGCAGCGGCACCGCAUCGAUCGCAGCGAUGCCCGCGCGACGCCAGAAGUCGCCCUCCGGCGCGGCAAUGCGAGCGCUACUGGUCCUCGCCGCGUCGCGCGCCGACGACCGCGUCGACUGGAACCGGCGCCGCGUCGUGCGUGUCUUCGACUCCACUCAAAUGUCGCUGCGGGGCGGCGUCGCGAUGACGGAUCGACGGGGCCGGCCCUACCGCUGCGCGCUGAGCGCCGCCGACGCGCACCGCAAGCCGCAGUAUCGGGACGAGGAGCAGCGGCCCGCGGACAAGGCGCUGCGCGACUACGCGCGCUGGCGCGACGCCGCCGACGUUUGUGAUGUACUGGCGGCCUCCAAGGACGAGUUCUGGUCCUACGAGCUCUGCUUUGGAAGGUACGUGACGCAGUUCCGGCCGGCGAAACCGUCCGUGAGGGGCGGCAUGCUCGAGCCGGGCCGGGCCCACGCGUUGGGGAACUACACGAAGCCUGGUAGGCGGCUCGCGUCGCCCUCGGAGCUGCGGGGCGUCUUCGGCGACGACGCGCUCGAACGGGUCGUCGCCUUCCCGUCGGGGCUGAUGCACGACGCGCUGGUGGAGACCUAUGAGAGGGGCGAAGGCGGGCGACGGACGACGGUGUACGUCGGUUGCGGGCUGGCGUCGCGACCAUCGGACGAGGGCGGCCGCGGCGCCGAGGUCUGGAAGGAUACUCACGCCGUUCAGAGCAAACGCAAGCACACGCACGGCGCCGGCGACGCGCGCGACGCGCGGGACCCCGCCCGCGUCGCUUUGGUAAUAGAACCGACGCCGCGCAACUACCGCAUGUUCGUGGCGGCGCCGAUGGCCUGCGCGAAGCCGGAUUUGGUCGCGGCGAUCGCGGGGCGGGCGGCGCGACGAUUGAACGCGACCUGCCUCCAGAAGCGGCGGCACGACUGGACCUACGAGGUCUGCCCCCAUCAUUAUGUAAGGCGGUUCCGCGACGAUAGUAGCGUGGACCUUGGACAUUAUAAUGGUUAUGACAUGAGCGACGCGGGCGUCGUGGCCCAAUCCUAUGAUCAUGGCGCGUCAUGCCUCGGUGGCGUCUACAAGACCACGGUUGCCUACGAGUGCUCGCGCCACGAAGGCAAGCGCGAAAAGGUGGCGCUCGCGGCGGUCUUCGAGACGUCGGCCUGCGAGUUUGAAGCUGUAGUACAUAUUGCGGCGCUGUGCGACCCGCCGUCCCAUGAUUAUGUCGGAGACGACACUUUGGAUCAUUUGGACUGCGUCGCUGAUUUUGACGAGGAUAAUGUGCCCGAGUACCCGGGCUGCCUCGGGAAGCCCGGGGCCUGGGUCGACGGCGGCUGCGGGAUCGGGCUGAAGGCCGUCCUGAAGGCGGCGGCGAACAACAAGUUCACGCGGAGUUCGGUGCGGGAAGAUAUGUAUAUCAAGGCCUUCGAGGGCCUCGACGUGGCGGACAUUCCACAUCUGUCAAAAGAGGACUGGGACGAGCUGGGAUUGAAGGCGGAAGACCGGGCCUUCAUCACGCAAAUACAUAAAGAUCUGCACCCGGAAUACUGGUUUGUUGAGACGACUGAAGGUAGGGAGUGGACGGGCGACUACCUGGGGGAGGGCGAGCUCACCUUCAUGGAGGCGCGCCACCUGCGCAAUAUCCACGACGGCAUGGAGGAGCGUCUUGGAAAAAGAGGCUAUAAGCCCGGCGAGCGGGCGCCGCGCGACGUUGUGGAAGAGGCGUUCCGCGACCUUGGUUUGAGCGAAUCCUACCUCGCGCCGGUGCUCAACGAGUACGGCGACUUCGAGCUCACGGCGGCGGAGCGCGACGCCGUGCGCCGCGCCUUCGAUCCCAAGGCGACGCAGCGGAAGAUCCGCCGGUUGGCCGAGGAAAUCCUGGGCGCGCCCGAGGGCUGGCUCGACCCGCGGAAGAAGGCCGUCAAGGAGAUCGUCGAGGAGGAGAUGACGAAUCGGGCCGUCCACAAAGGCAUGGAGGAAAAUCUGCGCAGGCGCGGGUACGGCGAGAAGGCCCCCCGCAACGUCGUGGAAUAUGCGGCCCGCGACCUGGCCAAAGAGAUGUAUCUGCCUGAAUCCACGCUCGAGGACCUCUUGAAACAGUACGCCUACGCCGACGACGACCCCGCGGCGUUCCGCGUCGGCGACGACGUCGCCGUCGCCGGGACGGCCGAGCCGGGCACGAUCACCGCGGCCCACGCCGACGGCACCUUCGACGUCAAGAUCGACCGCGACACGAAACGGAACGUGCCGCUUAGCGCCCUCGAAGCUCCGGCUUUCCGCCGACGCCGCGACGCUGGUGACGUUGGCGGCGACGCUGGCGACGCUGGCGAUGGCGGCGACGCUGGCGACGCUGGCGACGCCGAUGUGACGGACAUGCUCCGCGAAAUGCUCGGUCCCAGCCUCGAAACUUUUGGCGGCGGCGACGACGCCCUGGGACACCUCUUGCGGGAGAUGGGGACGAGUCUGGACGAGCUCAAAGCGGACGUCGAGAAGAUGCGCGCCGCGAGAGAAGGCGACGGGCCCCCGGUCGACGAGCCCGGGCCGGACGACGACUAUGAUGACGAGCAGUUCGAACUCUACGACGACGGUGACGACGAGUAUGACUAUGAUGGCGACUACGACGAGAGCAACGACGAGCGCCUCGUGCGCGAGGCGCGCGAGGGCCUCGAGGAGCGCCUGCGCGCUCGCGGCUUCAAGGGGAAGGCUCCGCGCGCCGUCGUGCAGGAGGCCUUCGCCACGUUUGUCCGCGACUUCAUAAGAAGCAACCGAGACUUAGAUCAAGAGGUCUUCGACGAGAUCUUCCAAGACAUCUUCGCGGGCAUCGCUAACGAGUAUAUCAUGGAAGAUGCCGGCGCGGAGACGUUCGACGGCUUCGGCAGCGACGAGCACCUCGCCGCGCAGACAGCGCGCAUGAAGGCGGAACUGCGGAAAGGCAUCGCGCGGCGGCUGAAAGCGAAGGGCAUCGAGCAGCCUACCAUGAAAAUCGUGGAGGAGGAGUACCGUACUCAUUUGAGGGGGUUUCUGGGCACCCAGCCGUUCUUCGAGGGGGCCGACAUGGAGGAUGUGUUCGAGGAGAUGUUCAAGCACCUCAAGCGCGUCGGCGUCUACGAGGAUGUUAUGGGCGAGUUCAGCGGCGACGGCGCGCGACGCGACGCCGCCGCCGCCGCCGCCGCCGACGACCUUGAGAAGGAUAUCAUGGCGGCGGCGGAGCUGGUUCGCCAGGCGAUGGGCGAAGCGGCGAUGGACGGCGGCGGCCUGAUGCCCAGCCAGAUCCUCGAGAUGAUCCGUGAUGGCCUCGCGACCGUCGACGGAGCCGACGCCGAGGUCAUCAACAAGGCCCUCCGCCGCGCCGGAUUUGAUGACGCCUUCGCGGCGCAGCUCACGGCGGACCUCGUGCCGGACAAGCCGAACACCCCGCGCCGGACUCGCGCCGCCGCCGCCGCUGAAGAAGAAGACGACCCGGAGCUCAUGGCGGCGGCGAUGCGCGAGGCGCUCGAGGAGAUGGCCGGUGAGCAGGACGGGACGUCCGCGGAGAUGCUCCAGCUGAUCCGCGAGAACCUCGAGGAGGCCCUCACCGGAGAGUACGCCGAGGAAUUAAGGCAGGCCCUCCGCAAGGCCGGCGUCGAGGACGCCCUGGGCGUCUUCGAGGACUUUGUUGAAGAGAACCUCGGCGACCUCCUCGACGACGACGACGAGUCCGAGGGACUGUAGUAUUAUUCUUGUAAUGUUUUACACCAGUGACAUUCGGCGCG